AUGGCGUCACGUAUCAGCGACACGAUCAAGAAGGACCAUCAAGAGAUCGAGUCUUACUACAACCAGAUCCUCGACGCCACCGACAAGACGGAGCAAAUUCGGUUCCAGAAUCAAUUCACCUGGGAACUGGCUCGUCAUUCAAUUGGAGAGGAGUUGGUCGUUUACCCGGCUUUCGAAAAGCAUGUCCCUCACGGCCGCGAGCUUGCCGACAAGGACCGUCAAGAGCACCAGUCAGUCAAAGAACAACUGAAGAAAUUCCAGAACAUGGACCCGUCCGAUGCUGAAUUCAUUCCUACGAUUAAAGCUCUUAUGCAAGAUCUGCGACAGCACAUCAAGGAAGAAGAAGCUGAUGAUCUACCAAAACUGGAGACGGCGCUCCCGCAGGAGCAAAGUGAGCAGCUCUCAACAACAUUCGGACGAACAAAGAUGUUCGUCCCCUCUCGCUCCCUACCCGAGUGCCCCAGACAGGCCUCCGUUCGAGACGGUGGUUGGCCUUCUCACCGCACCGAUUGA